AUGGGUGCGGCUGAUAUCAACGAUCCUUUUACGCCUGGUUUCUCGGAAUUUGUCAACAAAGCCCUUGACGACUGGAAGCUUGCAGGUAUCUCAAUCGCGGUCGUGGAUGGAGACGACGUCUGUUCAAAAGGAUAUGGGUUUGCGACUUUGCCAGAUAUCCCAUCUACACCCGAAACUCUUUGGUAUGGCGGAUCUACAACCAAAGCAUUUGUGACGGCAACCCUGGCUCAUUUGAUCGAGACUAAGAAGUACCCUGCCCUUUCCAGCGGCUGGCAGACUCGAGUCUCGUCGAUUAUUCGAGACGACUUUGUCACGCAAGAUAAUUGGGCAACAAAUAAUAUCACUCUUGAGGAUCUAGCAUGUCAUCGAUCAGGAUUACGAAAUAACGAUGUGGGUAUCCGAUUGCAUGAAGAUGGGCGGCCAUGGGAGAUUCAAGACAUCGCCCGCAACCUUCGGCAUGUGCCCCUUCAAUGGCAACCUCGAACAGAGUUUGACUAUAACAAUGAAGGCUAUGCAACACUGUCGUAUAUAAUUGAGAAGGUCACUGGGAGGUGGCUUGGCGAUGUGCUCAAAGAAACUAUCUGGGGCCCUCUUGGGAUGACGUCUACAUACCUUGACUUGCAGCAGGCUAAAGACGCACCAGAAGACCUAUCAACAGGUUACUACUGGGAUACUUCAGAAGCGAAAUAUGCGCCCAUCCCAUUCUUACCCACAAAGAUCGUCAGCGGAGCAGGAGCUAUCAUUUCCAACGUCACUGACUAUACCAAGUGGAUCAAAUGUCUUCUACGCAAAGAGGGCCCUUUAUCGGAAGCAGUACACAGUGACAUACGCAAGCCACGAGUCGUUGAUAACCCAGAACCUGCUCGUGGUAUGGAUGUGUCCUUGUAUGGACUGUCCUGGUGGCGCACAUCUAUUCACGGUCAUGUGGUUUAUUGGCAUUCUGGAUCUGUCGUGUCUCAUGGUGCACUGAUUUAUUGGCUUCCAGAGCUGGAUUACGGAGUUGUUCUCCUUGCGAACUAUCCCAAUCAUGUGAGGGAGGUCAUUAUGAGGCGACUGAUUUAUGACAAACUUGGGGUUCCAGCAAAUGAGCGAUUUGACAUUGAGAAAGACUUACGAAUGGCGCGCCGCAAAAGAGAAGAGGCUAUCGCAAACGCAGCCACGAAUCUUUUCCCCAACAUGCCAGCCAAACCCGUCCCACCCCAUGUUGACAUCGACAUCCUCGUGGGAAAAUAUCACGCUGCGGGUUAUGGAACCUACGAGUUCUUCCGAGCCAAGAACAACCAUUUGCAGAAGGAACUGUUUGCCGAACGUACGGAUUUGCUAUGGAAGAGUCGCUUUACGCUUCGUCACGCGUCGGGAAAUUUCUGGGUGAUGUUGAUCUCUCUUCUUGACGAUCCUUCCAGAUUACCGGACACGUUCCUAGGUGCCGAGUUCAGGUUUGGUAUUGAUAAUUCGCCUAGCGAGCUAGUUGUCAUAUUCCCGAAUGGGGAUUAUAACCGCGAGGUUAUAAUGAAGAGGGAAACAUAG